AGUUUGGGGCCCCUGUGGGACAGCCAGGAGGGAUGACCAAAGGACAUUUGGGGCCAGAGGUACAGAGAGAGGUGUCAAAGGUAAAACUGUCAGUGUUCCUCUUUCGUUCUUUGAGUGAAUCAUUCCUGAACUAUUGGAAGUAUCAAGCCAAAACACAUCUGUGAACAAAACCGGGUCUCUGCCCCAUCUCAUGGGGAGAGAGAGCCCCCAGCGCUGGGCUGCAGGGGGACGAGGGAGGUGCGGUGCGAACCAGAAACAGGAGGCCCUGCUGGGCACAGAGGAGGGGCUGGCCCCACUUGAGUGGACGGAGUGGACAAGUUUCAGCAGAGGAGACAGUUGAAUUCGAUCCUGAGGGUAAAGUUGGAGUUGGACCAGGGCAUGAUGGGGAAGAGUACACCCCACACAGAGGGCCCUGGGCUCCAUAACACACAGGCCUCCCCUCCCUUCAGGAACUGGAGUCCAAAGAGGGAGACAGGCCGGCGGCAAGUGAGCCCAGUCGAGGGAGUCCAGUGUGAUAAGACCAGUGGGGAGAGGAGGAGGGAGCAAUCAGUUCCAUUCCUAGGGUCCAGAGAAACCUCCAGAAAAAGUGGAGGAGGCGAGAGGAAAGGCAUUCCAGGUAGAAGGAACAACCUGUGCAAAGGCUCAGAGGUGUGAGAGAACCACAGUGUUUUUGCCGGAGGAGGUCUCAGCCAGGCUGGAGGUGGGAUCUUUUGCUGAGUGCAGGUGAACAGGAGGAUGAGAGGAAAGGGCUGGACUGUGCAAUCUCCGGACAUGUAAGCAAUAGGAAAUGAAGAAAAAGGAUUUGAGGUGCGUGGAGGGAAGGGUUCUCCAAGCUUCAGUCCCCUGGAAUAGGUAUCAGUGGCCCAACUCCUUUUCAUUCCUGAUUCUGUUUGUCUUCCAGCGCUCAGCUUCAAAGCCACUUUCCGAGGGGGAUCGCAGGGUGCAGCACGUUACCUAUCCCUCUUACUUUCCUGUGGCUCCCUGCGUGCUCCACUGUCAUCCUGGAUCACGUCUGUGGUCCCAGGUUCCAGGGCCAGGGCCACUAUAAGUCUUCCUUAGAGCAGAGUCCACGUCUGUGUUGCUCAUGCCAACCCGUGGUAGGCUUUAAGUAAAUAGCUAUUGAAUAGUUGAGGAAACAGGCUCAGAGAGGUUAAGAAACUUGCCCAAGGUCACAGAGCUAGUAAAUGUCAGAGCUGGGAAGCAAAUUCAGUCUACCUGAUUCCGAAGCUCAUGCGCUUCAUCACAGCUGUAUUGUGCCUCCCAGCAGGGAGAACAGAUGGUGAAUAGCAGGUUUGGAUCUUGUAAACACAAACAAAUUCAGUGUUUAAUUUCUAGGAAAUGAAUUCCUGUUGUUAGUACCUUGUUUAUCCAGUCAGCAGAAGACAGCCUCUCCUCUGACCUGAAAAUGGUUUCACUCCAUCAGCUCAAGUGCUCUCUGGAGACCCAGAUGUGCAGCAUCAGGGGUGGAGGGGCGGGUUGAGCUCCAGGGCCAGAGGAUGCAGCCCUCAAGGCUUCUUGCAGAGUGUGGUCUGCCCUGCCAGUCUGCCCCCAGGAUUACUCCCCUCAUAUGGAAACUCGGAGGGGAGGUGGGGGAGGAUAUGAAAAUACCAAAAGCAUAUGGUAUGAAAGCCUCUGGAUACUUCUGUCCUUAGUCUCAAGUUCCUGCUACAAGUGGGAGGCAGUGGAAGGAGCACUGAUGGGAGUCUGAGACUUGGUUUCUGCCCGUAACUCACUGUGUGACCUUGGGCAAGUGUCUUACCCUCUCUGAGCCUUUCUCCUUGUCAACACUGUGAGGGAAUUGGAUCAGAUGAUUCCUAAGAGUCCUUCCCGCUCUGACACUCUGAGAUCCUUAAAUCCUAGGGCUGACAUUACUAGUAUCCCUUGCACAGCUCGGUGUGGUCCGUGGAGUGGCAGCAUCCCCUGGGAGCUUGUGAGAAAUGCAGAAUCUCAGGUCCUACUUCAGACUCACAGAAUCAGAUCCUGCAUUUUCAUAAGAUCCCUAGGUCACGCGUGUGCCCAUUCCAGUGUGAGAAGCACUGUGGCAACCACGUUCCCCCCUUCUCUCUGGGCUGUGCUGAGAAGGCGGCAGAGGGUGGCGUGCUGAGUGCUGAAUGAGGAUGCCCGUGCGCCCUCCCAGCGGCAGAGAGAGGUCCGUUCAGGUGGGAGUGAUGGGCCCUAGCAUAUAGCGGGUACCCAGGGAAGAUGUUUGGAAUGUGUGCAGGCGUGCGUGGGGUAAGUAGUCGUGGAAGGAAGAAGGGAGUGAACUGACUUUACUCAGCACCUAUUGUGAGUGGUGGAGCGUGGAGUCCGGCAAGCCCAGGUUCCAAUCCUAGAUCUAUGGUGUCCUAGCUCUGGGGCCUUAGGCAAGCCCUUUCUCUGAGCCUCAGUUCCCUCUCGUGGGAAAUGGGAAUAAUAAUAAUAGGACAGGCUUCAAAGGGUUGUGGUCAGACUUAAAUGAGUUGAUAUAGGAGAAGUGCUUAAAACAGUGCCUGGCACAUAGUAAGCUCUUAAUAAUGUUGGCUAUUACUUUACUAUUACUGGUAUUCCAGCCCCUGCCCGCGCAGCUCCCAGUACUGUACCAACCCCUUCCCCUGGAUUGCAUCGAGUUCCCCCUGGACAGAGUCCCAAAAUGACCUCUAGGGGGCGCUAUCACCCCUGUCAAGAACCACUGUUUCUAGAGCAGCCUUAUCCAAUAGAAAUAGAAUGCAAGCCACAAAUGUAAUUUGAGAUUUAGAACAUUUAGAGGUAGCCAUGUUAAAAAAAGAAAAAAGUGAAAUCAAUUUCAAUUAUAUAUUUUAUUUGCCCAGUAUAUCCAAAAUGUCAUGUAACUGAUAUAAAAAUUGUUAAUGAGAUAUUUUACAUCCUUUUUUUUUUUUGGACUAAGUCUUUGAAGCCCGGUGUGUUUUAACUUACAGCACAUCUCAGUGGCCACAUUUCAAGCGCUCAAUGGUCACAUGUAGCCAGUAGUGGUUAUUCUAGUUGCUCAGUGCUGGCUCUCCAUCCCAGCUGUGCCACGUAUUACCUGUAUGGCCUUGGGUUAGUCAUUUUACCUCUCUGGACCUCAGUUUCUUCAUCUGAAAAAUGGGGAUACUAACUCUGCCCCAAGCGGUAGUAUUAGGGGCAGGUGGUAAGAGUUUAAAACCCCUUUGCCCACUUUCCCACAAGCGUGAGAGGCUCCAGUGUGUUGUUAACCACAAAGGCAACAGCCUUUGUACAGUGCGUUUGGUUGAUCAAGGUGGUCCUUCCCUGCUGAAGGCUGGUCACGACCUAGCGCAAGGUGGAGAGUUGGAAGGGGUUGCAUUCUCAUCCUUCCCUGUUGCAAAGGCCUUGAAAACAGGCUUCUCCUGUCUUUGAUUUUUUUAAAGAUAACGAGAUUGUCAUGAUGAAGAUAACCAGCGAUCAUCCAGGCCAGUCGUUGUCAAUCCUGGCUGCACCUUGGAAACACUUGGGGAACUUUGAAAAAUUACCGUGCCUGGGCUCUGCCCCUCGGAGGGUGAGGCCUGGAUGUCUGUUUUUUUCUAACAGUAUUUGUACUUUUUUAAAGCUUCCCCAGGUGAUUCUGAUGCACAGUAGGAGAAUCUCUGAUCUGGUCCCACGCUCUCAUUUUCAAGAUGGAGAAACUGAGACCCAGAGGAGGAAGUGACUUAUCUGAGGUCACAGAGAAUUAGUGGCAGAACCAAGCUGAAGCCCAGGGCUCCCUUCUCCGUCCAGUACACUGUUCUCAGGGCCCAUUCCUCAUCAGUUCAUGCAGCCCUUCAUAAACAUUUAUUGAGCUCUUGCUCUGGGCCAGGUGUCAGGGCUAUGGGGUUAAAUAAGGCGUGGUCCCUGCACUGAGGUCCAGUGAUGGGGACAGUCCAGUGUGGUAAGAGCUAUGGUGGUGGGCUUCCAGGAGAUGGGUACCUAACCCGAGCCAGGCUGGGGGAGGUUAGGGAAGGCUUCCUGGGCAGAUGCCAGAACUUCUCCUGCAGGGUCACUUGGAGUUAGGCAGGCAGAGGGCUGGGGAGAGGAUACUUUCCAGGCAGAGGACACAGCAGGGACAAAGCUGCAGAGCAGGAAACAGCACUGAGCGUGGAUAUGGCAGCAGGGGGCUGACAGAAGAGCAAGCAGCUUGGUGCCACUGGAGUGUGAAGGUCACAGCCACCUAGGUCAGGAGAUGAUGCUGGAAAUGCGAUGCUACAGUGACCGUUCUUGCUCCUGCCUGCUGGUGAACACACAGAAGAGUUUCUCUGUCAUGUAUACCUGGAAGGGAAAUUACUGGGUCAUGAGAGCUUCUGAACGUGUGCCCUUCUCGAUGAACCCACAGUGAUCUGUUUGUUUGCCUUCUCCCGGCUCAUGCAUUCCUCAAGUCUUGGUAACUGGAAUGUUUUGUCUGUUCAGGCUCAAAACGGUCAGCAGGACAGGAACCGAAGUUACGUACCUCGUACUGUGUCACAAUGAACCCGGGAAAACUGGGAGCUGUUGACUGGACUGCUUCUCCGAAUCAGCUGGUAGUUCUUUUUGUCUCUAGUUUUGAAAGCCCCCCCCGGAGGCCACCUGAAAGCUGGGUAAAGUUCCAGAACAGUGAGACAUCUUGGGGUUCACCUGGUUUAGGAAAGACCUUAACUAACUACCAGCUGGUCGUCACCUCCAUGUUCUUUAAAUAGUCGAGUCUUGAGGUCUUUUCACUGUGGUCUGUUCUGAUGGAUGGCUCCCACCAGCGUGAAUCAGAAGGAUGACCUUGUUCUGUGAGCAGGACACCUGUGAGAGAAGGAGCUGUGUGUGUGGAAGUCUGUGGGAAGAGAGAGCCCCCUAGAAUGUCCCCACCAAACCAGUCAGUGGAAGGCCUUCUCCAGGAGGCCUCCAACAGAUCCCUGAACGCUACAGAAAGCCCAGAGGCUUGGGAUCCGGGGACCCUCCAGGCCCUCAAGAUUUCUCUUGCUGUGGGCCUGUCCAUCAUCACACUGGCCACAGUCCUUUCCAAUGCCUUUGUGCUUACCACCAUCUUCCUCACCAGGAAGCUCCACACCCCAGCCAACUAUCUCAUCGGCUCCCUGGCCAUGACUGACCUCUUAGUUUCCAUCUUGGUCAUGCCCAUCAGCAUCGCAUAUACCACCACCCGCACCUGGAGCUUUGGCCAAAUCCUGUGUGACAUCUGGCUGUCUUCUGACGUCACAUGCUGCACGGCCUCCAUCCUGCACCUCUGUGUCAUCGCUCUGGACAGGUACUGGGCCAUCACUGAUGCCCUGGAGUACAGCAAACGCCGGACAGCAGGCCAUGCAGCUGCCAUGAUUGCCAUCGUCUGGGCCAUCUCCAUCUGUAUCUCCAUCCCGCCGCUCUUCUGGCGGCAGGCCAAAGCUCACGAGGAGAUGUCGGACUGCCUGGUGAACACUUCUCAGAUCUCCUACACCGUCUACUCCACAUGUGGGGCCUUCUACAUCCCGUCUGUGUUGCUGGUCAUCCUCUACAGCCGGAUCUACAGGGCUGCCCGGAACCGCAUCCUGAAUCCGCCAUCACUCUACGGGAAACGCUUCACCACCGCCCACCUCAUCACGGGCUCUGCGGGGUCCUCGCUCUGCUCUCUCAACCCCAGCCUCCAUGAGGGGCGCUCUGCUUCGGCCAGCUCCCCACUCUUUUUCAGCCACGUGAAAAUCAAGCUUGCUGACAGUAUCCUGGAGCGCAAGAGGAUUUCCGCUGCUCGAGAAAGGAGAGCCACUAAAACCCUGGGGGUCAUUCUGGGGGCCUUCAUCAUCUGCUGGCUGCCAUUCUUUGUUGCAUCUCUGGUCCUCCCCAUCUGCCGGGACUCCUGCUGGAUCCACCCAGCCCUCUUUGACUUUUUCACCUGGCUUGGCUAUUUAAACUCCCUCAUCAAUCCAAUAAUCUAUACUGUAUUUAAUGAAGAGUUUAGGCAAGCGUUUCAGAAAGUUGUCCGUUUCCGGAAAACCUCCUAGUCUUAUUUGGUAGUGACUCCUGUUCUCUUUUGUGUCUUGUAACCCAAUUGAGGUUGUCUUUUUUGUUUUUCCUGAGAUUUGAGUGAAUCUUGAUAUCUUGGGUUUCGGUGCAAGCAAUAGAAUUGUUUGGCAUUCUUUUUCCUGUUGUCUUCUUGACUUCUGAGCCACCAAAAGUUAGGCAGCUGUGUGAAAGGGGACAGACUGAAAAUUUCACUUGGCAUAAUAUUUUCACAGUUCACCCAUGUUGGAAGAAACAUCGCCCACAGGAUUCCCUGUUGAUUCAAUUCAGGUGGAAAGCUGUCUGACUCUGUAGGAAGACCCCAGGCUCAAAGGGGAGGCUUUCUGGUCUACCUAAGUUUUGUAUGGCGCUCAAAGGAGGGUAGAUGAGAUUAAUGACCUGAGUUGAAAAAGAAUCUGGAGUCAAGAUGGAGGGAUCUCCGUUCCAUGUGGAACCUUGCUUGGAAAAUAACAUCCAGGACUCCACUGAGUCCUUAGAUUGAAUCUCUCCCAGUUUUUCAUGGGGAGAGAUUCAGUGAUUGAGGUGUCAAUGAUAUAAAGAGAUGGAGAGAGAUUCAGAAGCCGGGGGCAAGGGGGCAGGAUGGUUGGAACCAGAUCAACUAUCCCAUAACUUUCCUCUUUCCCCAAUAUCUCUGCACCAUCUUAAUGGUCUGAAGUUAAAACCCACAAUCACCCCCAUUGAAGGAGAUUGAUAGUCUUUGGAGCCACCAAGCUUUGAAUGGAACACCACUCUGAAUUUUUUUUUUCUGAAUUAUUUUUUUUACAUCCUAUUCUCAUCAGAGAUCUUAAGAUGUUGCGUCUUGUCAAAUAAAAAGCAUGAGACAUCAUGAUCAGUAAAGUCUUUGGGUAAUUUUUCCCCAUCUCCCUUGAUGUAGAAACCUUUCAAUUCAGUUGUCUCCAGCAUUCAUUGAGCACCUACCACAUGCCAGGCCCUGUGCCAGAGUCCUGUCUCCCCGGAGCCUCAUCACAGUGAAAGUCAGUGUAACUGGAUGAUUAAAGCUGAGGACCUUGUGCCUUAGUUCAAAUCCAAAUGCUACCAAUUUCUAGCUGGAUGAGCUUGGACAAGUUUCUUAAUCCUUUGCCUCACUUUCCUCAACUGUAAAAUGGGGAUAAUAAUAGGUAUGUUAUCGUAUAAAAAUAAUAGCCACUGUUUAUUGAGUGCCUCCAAUGCUCCUUGCGUACAAUUUCUCCUUUGCUCUUCAUCUUCAUUUUAUAGAUGCAGUAAAGAAACUUGCCUAUGGUUAGGGAAGGUUUCAUAAAGAGGUGACACUUCAGCAGCCUCCCAAAAGAUGAGCCCUUGUGGGAUGAGAGGCUAAGGAAGGGGAGAUGUGGUGAGGCCUCCUGGGGGAGGUGGGGCAGCGCGAAGGAAGGUAGGGAAGGUCAGGCGGGGUGGAAAAAAGAGCAGGAACAGAGCCUGGGAGGCCUGUAAUGCUUAGUGGCGUCUCUGGGCACAGGAAGAAGAAUGAGAGCCAGGAAUAUGGGAUAUCA